CAGCCUUUAUGAUAAGUCUUUUGAAAUACAAAUCUAACAAUCGAGGCAGCGCGAAGGGUUUCCAGGGGGCCACGGAGACGGGCCCUGAGCUGAUGUUUGAGAAGUGCGACAUCCUGGUGGUGGCCGCGUUGGAGAAGGCGAUCACACACGAGAACGCACCUAAGAUCAACUGCAAGAUUAUCCUGGAGGGCGCCAACGGGCCGACGACCCCGGCAGCUGACACUAUACUGCGCGAGAAGAACAUCCUGGUGCUCCCUGACCUUCUGGCUAACGCGGGCGGCGUCACCGUCUCCUACUUCGAGUUCCUCAAGAACAUCAAUCACGUCAGCUUCGGCAAGCUGAGCAUCAAGUUCUGGCGGGAUUCAAACACUGCCUUGUUGGACUCUGUGGAGAAAUCGCUGAAGAAGUCCAAUAUCGACGCCAACAUCUGUCCGACGCCGCUGUUCCAGUCGAUGAUGUCCGGCGCCAACGAGAAGCAGCUCGUCACCUCCGGCCUAGAAUACUCCAUGAUCAACGCUUGUAUGAAUGUGAAAAAGUCAGCGAUCACACACAACCUGGGCCUGGAUGUGCGGACGGCUGCCUACAUCACGGCCAUCGAGAAGAUCUUCGUCACCUACGACGAACAGGGACUCGCCAUAUGAUACAUAAUGUACUCCCACUGAUUAUUUAUCUACCCCCAUGCUUCAAAUCCUCUAUUAAAGAUUCUAAAACAGAAGAUUACAUCAUCAGAACGAGUGUUGUAAUGAUGUACUGAAUUUCAUUACAACACUCGUUUGGAUGAUGUUAUGGUUUUAAGGACUGGCUUCUUUAAUGUUAGUAGUAAGCUAACUGUUUCAGAAUCUUUUAUAGAGGAUUCAUAUUAUGGGUGUAGAUAAAGUCUUGUAUGCAACUGUUGAUAAUUAGGUAUUCAAACACUCAUGUGAUACUAUUAUCAUAAUCCCACAUUCGUUUUUUAAUACCCCUUAUUACACAACAGUUGCAUAAAUAACUAAUACAAAUUAAA